AUGGGUUUGGACUUUGGAACAUACUUUUAUUUAAAAAAUUAUACAAUUUUAAUCGGAUGGAUGAAUACCACUGGUCAAAUGAGGUCUCUAAUUGAACAUAAUCACGUGAUUUCUGGCACGCCCUUAGAACAUGGAAUUGAGGCACUUGAGCAUAUUUUUGGUAUAUCAUGUCAAGUAAUUGCAGAUUUUAAUUUUUAUGAAUUUUAUAAAAUUCAAAAAUAUGGUAUUUAUGUAUUUGAUAUUGAUGGGACUUCUCUUCCUCAUGAAAUUAUUGAAUGUUUACGCACUUGGCCAUCUGAUGAUGACAUUAAAGAAGCAAUCCGUGUUGGAUAUAAUGAAGCAAUUGCAUUGGCAAAUUAUUUUGAAAUUAAUAAUUACAAUUCAGUUUCUAUUCAACAACUUGUUGCUCGUGUUGAAUUUUCUUCAGAUGAUACAAACAUCCCAGAAAUAAUUGAUGAAAAUCAAAAUCAAAACUUAACCAAUGAAUCUGAUAAUAAUACAGAAUUUGCAGAUGAAAACGAAACAACAAAUCCCUUAUCAAUGAAUUUUCCUGAUUUGCAAUAUAUUCUUAAUCAGAAAUCAGUUCCUCAAAACCAAUUUGAAAAUUUUGAUCAACUUUUUACACUUGAAGGAUUUUUAUGUCCUAAAAUCUUAAUUAAUAUUCGAAAAAAUCAUGAUGCUUUCUCACAGCAUUCCAAAAAAACAAACCAUGAAUUUACAAAUAAUUCUAUUCAAGAAAAUCACGUAAAUAGACGAAAAGAUCGUUGGGAAGGAUGUAAAAGACUUGCAACUAUUCCAAUAGCUUCUGGAACUAAUAUACAUAAUAUUAUUGAUGCAAAUGUAUCUAAUCUCCAUCCCUUAAUCUUAAAUGGAUACUUAAUUAUUUACUCUGACAAAAAACUUUGCAUUGCUCAAAUUAUUUCUAUGUAUGAAAAGCGAGGUGAACGACAUGCUUGGAUGAACAAAGAUUGUUGA